AUGUCCGUUCAAGGUGUAAUAGAAUUUGCACUUCGCUUAGAGUCUUUUCGAAACGUUGAUUUGUUUCAUCAAGGAGUUUACGGUCUUCGUUUCUCGCUAUACUACAUGUCAGACGAAGAAAAAAAUUUUGCAUACCCUUACAAUGUCAUAAUAAACACAACCCCAAAAUCAAAUCUUGAUCCUCACUUUAUACAACAAAUGCACGUAAAAGAUUUUUCAGUCGAAUCUCGCAAGUUCUUACUUCGAUAUUGUGAUGAAGUCGUUGAUUUCAACGAAACAAUUUAUUUCCGUGCCGAUAUGGAAAUAAAAGAAGAUUUUAAGCAGCCACAUUUCAAGCUGCUCACAGAGCUCCUAUAUGCAGACUUAAAAGGAAAGCUAGCCCCAGAAGAUGCUUUCCAAGCAGCAGGUGAUGGGCUAGAAAUGAUCACUUUAUCUGAAGUCAUCUAUGUUCUAUCAUUUCCUAGAAGUUUCAAGUCAAGUUAUGUCCCAAUUAUCUUUGAUGAUAUAUACACAUAAAAAUGGUGACGAUGAACCACCCGACCUCUCGACCCUAUUUCUUCAAAAGCAGCAGGCAACGGCCCAGUGUUGGAGAUUUAGGUGGAAAGGGGCCGGUAAUCCUUUAUGUAUGGUCGGGCUGGGUUUUCUUGGGCCCGAGGAGCUAAUUCUCGGACUUGAAGUUUUUCCUCCAGGACAACCAUUGGAAAGGGCAAGGUCGGCCAAUGUUUGAGGUCAAUAUGACCCUCAGACCCUGCAGACGGUAUUUGCCCAACGAGAAACUGGGAGUUUCGACCCAGGUGGUUGGCCCUUAGACUCCAGAAGCCAUGGAAGUCAAGACUGGUCGCGCGAAUCCCUGUUUUGAGGCAGCAAGGAGGGUGUCCGCCGAGGCUCCUCAGGGGCGAUGAGCGUGUAGGGGUGCGAAUCCCCGGCCCUGCAAGGCAAACGGCUUAACUUAAUCUUAAUCUUAAUCUUUGAUGAUGAUCACAGCUCAAUCUUAAAAGCAACUCUGCAUUAUGUGCUCCUUGACUACCAUUUCAGAGGAAAUUUAAACGAAAAGAAAAAGAAAAGUGACCUUAGCCAAAGCGUCAGUGAAUUUUUAUUCAAAAGUAAAAAUGGGUCAUCCAAGGCAUAUGCAGGGAAUGUCGAAACUGACGUUAUCUAUAAUAAUUUCAUGAAGCCACUUAUUAAAAAUUUUGAAAAAUUGAGGGAACAUUAUAUGCAAGUAGUCGGAAAAUGUCUGAACGAAAAAGAAAGAAAUAAAUAUGGAUUUUUGACGAUUCCGCAAACUCUUACUUUACCUGGGAGUGCAAUACAAGCUCCGUAUCCAAGCUUAAAAGAAAUUAAAGAUACACUGCAAAGGACAGCAGCUUCUACUGAAGAUAAUGAGCCUGAAGACGAUGUAGGAGAGGAACAAGUUAAAGGGGAAAUCCCUUUUAGUUGCAGAAUUGCUUCUCAUGAUACUAGAACAAUUGCAACUGCUAUGCUUAUGGAAUUCAAUAUGGUUGCAGGCCAAAUUUUCCAACUCUGGCAUCGGUUUUUAGAAGUCCUGCAAAAAUCAAAAUCCGUUUCAAUGGUGCUAGUUGAGAAAAAUCAAAUUUUAAUUAGGCAAAGACUCAGCACUUUCUUAAUAAGAAGAGUUAUGAGGUCAAAAGAUCUCGGGAUGAUUGUUGAUGACUCUAAAAUUGAACAAACACUUACACCUGAAUAAAUCGCAAACAAUUUUUUUUGUCGUUAUUUAAUGUUUAUUUCAUCAAAUAUAGUAAAUUUAAAAACAUUUUAAAUAGACAAAAUAAUCAAAGAUUUAUAUCAAAUAUUUUAAUAAAAACAUUAAAAAAUGGGAAUAAAAACUUAGUUAAUGGGUGCAUAAUUUUUAAUUGUUUUAAAAAAAAAUUAUUUUUCAAAACAUUUUGAUAGAUUAUUAGGAUUUUAAAUGAAGUUAAAUUUAAAAGCAUUGAGGAAAGCAUAUAUAUUUUAUUUAGAAGCUAUCGAAGAUAUUAUAAUUGUAGUUAAAAUCAAUUUUAAUUUUUAUUGUAAAACAACUUAUAGUAAAUUUGUUCUUAUUAAAUGGUGAAUGCAAAAGAUUCGGAAAAUUAAAUUCCUGUUUUAUUUGCUAUUUUUUGGGGAGAGUUAGGAGCGUCCGUGAAAAGAAAUACGAAAUGCUGAAUAGUAAAAUGAAGCUCCCUCAUAUUUAUGAUGAGGUAGCAUUCUUUAACUAUCAAAAUUGCCCAAUAAUGGUUGAAGAAUUUUGCUUAUUAGAUACGACUAUUCCUAAUGGAACUAUUGAGCUUGCAGGUAUUGAUUCCUCAAUGCUUUCAAGAAAUAGGAAAACUUCAGGUCUUUCGUCUCAUAUCAUUGUAUUUGCGCACGGGUAUCAAGGAAAUUCUAAUGAUAUGAGGAUACUAAAGAAUAGAAUUAGCCUUGUUUUUCCAAGCACAUUCUUAUUUUCUUCUACUACUAUAGCCCGAGCCUCCUUUUUGGCUUAGGCUAUACCGACUUCUUCAAAUGAUGGAAUGAAAAUCUCCAAUAUAGAGUGGAUUUGUCAUCUGGGAGUUGUUUCACCAACAAACGCUGGUAAAACCUUUUCCUCUUCCAGCGUUUCUGCUUUUUGUUUUUUUGUUUUUGCUUUUGCUUUUGCUUUUGCUAAUUGGAGUCGCGUAGGGUAGGGUAAUAUAAAUUUCUUCUUCUUCUUCCAGCGUCGAGAGAUACCGGAUAGCCCAAGCCAAAAGGAGGUUCGGGCUAUAAUGAAGAAAAUACAGAUCUUUCAAUAGCAGAAUUAGGGAAAAAAUUAGCUGAUGAAGUUAUUGCUUAUAUGGAGGAAUUCGCUACCUAUAGGCCUAUAGGUAAGCUUAGUUUUAUUGGGCAUUCGCUAGGUGGUUUAAUAAUUAGAGCAGCUUUACCUCAUUUGUCAAGCUACUCAAGCCAUAUGCACUUAUUUCUGACUCUAUCUUGUCCUCAUCUUGGUGUUAUGGAAGGAGCUAGUAAUAUCUUAAAGGCUGGAAUGUGAGUGUUAAAAAAAUUCAAAAAAUGCAUUAGCUUUAAAGAGCUGACAUUCGCAGACAAUGAAAAUCCGAUAAAUGGCUUGAUUUAUAAGCUCUCUGAUGGGUUCGGAUUAGACUGGUUUAGUCAUAUGAUCUUGAUAAGUUCGCCACAAGAUCAUUAUAUUCCGCAUUAUUCAGCAAGAAUUGAAGCUCCAUCAAAUUUAUCUCAUUCAAGUGUAUUAAGAGAAAUGGCUAAAAAGUUGUUGAGUAAAAGAGAAAGAAUUCAUAGAAUUGAUGUCCAUUAUAAAGAAGAGAUAUAUAUACAUAAUAUUAUUGAGACAGCCACCCGACCUCUUGGCGCAAUUUUCUCAACAUCUGUAGGGAAAACCCUGGUGGAGGAAGCUAGGAUGAAGGCACGGCGUCCUUAAUGCAUAUCGAAUGAGUGUCUUUCUCGAACCUGAGGGCCAUCAGUGAUUCUUGGAAAAGGCAUAAUCAGCAAGAAGGCUGGAGGGUUGACUCUUGGAUUCCUCACAGGACUGAAAGACUGUAUAUACCUAGCACGAUAUUCGGAGUUGUGCCAAGAGAAGCCGAGCUCUAACUCCCCCCCUCCGUGAGUGAACAAAACUAUUAGAAAAAUCGCUAUUUUUUGCCCAAAAGCCCACCCUCCGUGAGUGAACAAAAAUUUUUUUAAUAGAAAAAUUGUUUAUGGAAAAAAAAAUUGAUAUAUAAGUGAUAAUUAGCAUAAUGAAAUCUAGUGCUAAUUCUGUUUAAUUUUAACACACAUUACUUUUUAAAACAUAAAUUUUAUAAAUUAAAUUAAUAUUUGCUUUCCAAUUUUUGCGAAUUAGGAUUUUUUUAAAUUUCGAAAAAACAAUAUUUUUUAUAAAACUUAUAUAUAAAUGUUUUUAAAAAAAAAAAAUUAACCCCCCUCCGUGAGUGAACAAAAUUUUUUUGUUCACUCACGGAGGGGGGGAGUAAGGACUUCGGAGCCAGAAAGUCCAGUCUGAUCGUACAAAGGACAUCUGCAGGCCACUUCGAGGGGCGUUGAGCAUGUAGGAGUGCAAAUCCCGGACCUUACUGGAAGGCGAAUCCUUAUUUUAAUCUUAAUAGAGAAGAAAUCAGAAGCUUUGAUCAAUGGAUUGGAAGAGCUGCUCAUAUAGAAUGCUUAAUGCUUUUUGGCCAGCGAACAGAUUUACUCUAAUAAUCUCUUUUUGGAAAAUUGUAAACAAAAAUUUUAUCAAUUAAAAAUGAAUAAUAAAUUGAUAAUAUAAUAUAUAAUUAUAAUAGAGAAAUCCCAAGCAAUGGAUUAUAUUGCAUUUUAAACAGCUCGCAUCUUUUAAAUUAAUUUUUAUUUUUAAAUCCGAAGAAAUGCAUAAAAGUUUUUGAUAAGAAGAACCCUCUAUUAGCAAAUAAAAGCAACUUUCUCGCUAGCUAGUGGGAUAGUUAGAAAAUAAUAAGUUCAUGGAUAGCCUAGUAUACUUGCAUCCAGAACUUUUUUGCUAA